AUGCCUCCCAAACAAAAGCCUCAGCCACAACUCCACGUUCCAGUGCUCACAUUCCCUCUUUCAUCACCUAUCAGCGAAGAAAUCGAAAGUCCAUCCUGCUCCUCGGCAGAAGACCACGAGGAAGAACAUAAUCGACCCUUUGCCUUUCUAUCCAAAGCCACUCGGCAGAAACUCGAUGCCAAAACUAGCAAAGAUGGGACUGGGAAUACGAAUCGUUCGCCAACUUUCCCACAGAUCUCGAAAGUGAACAUUCGCGGUAUAUCCAAGAAACGGAAAAGUGUCGCAAAGCCUUUAGGUUUGAAUCUCGUGACGAAUUUUAUACUGGAGCCGGCGCCAGAGAAAAGAGGAACAAGCCAAGAGACAGCUGCUGCACCAUUCGUCGAUCUAAACGAUCUCAAGCUCCUCUCGAAAGUACGAGAGAGGGAACGCACAGCACAGAAAUCAAAAGAGACAUUCAAAAAGCGAGCCUCGCGCGGCUUUCAACGGUUACCUGAUGAACAAACAAAGGAACAGACGCAGGAUGGAGGCUCAUUCCUCAACCAGCAACUCGAAAGCGCAGACACUUUCCAUGAUAGACACGAACAUGGCCUCUCACCUUCAGACCGCCAUGUCAUGAUUGGACUUACAGUUCCAACGAGCGAGUCUAUGGAUCGGGCGAGGGAACUCGAUGAUCAACAUACACCACUGACACCCUCGAUCAUUGUCACGCCUGCCAGAGAAGAGGCGCCCUGGAACUCGCACUCGAAUUCGAGUACUGAGGCACUGCGUCCGCCACGAGUUGCGUCUAGCGUAUACUCUCAGCCUACGCCGCGUCUUUGGCAGUUUGAAUCGGAUGUCCCGCCUGUCCCUGCAAUCCCGGCACAGCAUUUUGCUAAGACUAAGGGGUCGGAGAGUGGAUUCCUCAACACGAACCUGACAAUCGAUCCCGGGAAACGUCCUGCAUCUAUAACAUCGACAGUCUGGGAAGAUGACAGUCCUCGCGGGCAAAGUCCACCUACAACCGCAGAGUCGAGCAUCAUCAACACCAACACCAACCCCCAGAAAAGAAAUAUAAACAACAACCCCUUCGCAGACGCAAACCGCCUCAGCGUCAACACAGAAACAGACCGCCCAACCUCCCAAGGCUGGUGGACAUACCUCCUCUCCCCAUUACUAGGCCGCCCAAGCAAAUCACCUUUAAGCCCAUCCUUCCCCCAAAGCCAAGACUCUCCCUCACCCUCUGCCUCAACGCUAUCACCUACCACAACCCGCAAAGAAUCAAGAUGGUGGGCACGAGAAAAGGAACGCUACAAGGAAAAAGAAAUCUCCUGCUUUUCACCUGAUACACCCGAAACCGCUGCUCCAAUGGGUGAGAAGAGCUUUGAGCAGAUUCGCGGGGUUGAUGCUGAAACUACAAACACGCAUGGCCAACAAUCCUUCCCAGAUCUAGUCCCAGAUCAUGAUCCUGCACCCGCCUAUGAAUUCGCAACUGCACCCGCACCUGGACAACAGACCAUGUCCUUUAUGUUUGGCGGUGGACAAACGAUCCAGGGCGAAGCAGCUGAAUAUUAUCAAGCUUGUGCGCAUGAGUUGUUUAGUAAGACGCCUUAUUUUGAGUGCGUCGGGCAUGUUUGUUCUAUGACUCCUAUGGUCAAUACCGGUGCUGGCGUUAUCGGUGGGACGAGAGAUCUUACGGGCAAUGAGGGGAGUCAUGGGUUGGCGAUUGUUGCUGUUGAUGAGAGCGGUCGUGGGGUUAACCCUAACUCUGGCUCUACUCUUGAUCCUACGAGGAACUCGAAUAUUACGACUAAGGACUCUGGGUUGUUGAUUGAUAUUGAAUCGCCGAAGCCGAAAUCUGUCAUCAGUGGUGCUGGUGCUGGUGCCGGUGCCAGUGCUGCAAGUGCAAAGGAGGUAUUGCUUCACUCACCAGCUUCGGAUGCCAGUUCUGAUUCUUGGGAUUCAUCUGUUGUCGACGUUCAUGAGAAGGGUGCUGUUGCUGAGCAGGCUACAAGAGAGGUUCCAGCUGUUGUUGAGCAUCAGCCUCCUACUCCUGCUCCUGCUCCAGCGCCAGUUGCAGUUCCAAUGCCAGAGCCCCAGCCUGCGCCUGCACCAAUCCCAAUGCCGGCGCCUCAACCUGCUCCAGCUCCUCCACAGGUCAUCAAUAUUUCGCCCCCAGUUGUGCAUUAUCCUCCGCCUCCACCACAGCCGCAGCCGCAGGCACAGUCUGUUCAGCCUAUUAUUGUACCUCAAUAUAUUCCUGUUUUCCCCCCUGGUCAGCCUGUACAGCCGGAACAGCCUGCACCUGUGCUUCAGGAGCAGCAGCCGCUGGAGCAGACUCGUGAAAUAGCGAGCCCACCACAGACUGGACCUGCUUCUCAGGGUCUGUCGUCUGGUUCAGAAUGGCCGCGGCCAUAUGGUCAAGAGGUACAAGUGCCUGCUCAACCUGCUCCUCCUAUUCGGGAAGUACCCAGUGGAGUUGAAACAGAUCGACAGGCCCAUGUCCCUCAGACUACACAAGUACCUCAGGUAGCACAGCCACAGCCACAAGGAACUGAGUGGAUGUAUGGACAGCGAAGGCACUUGCAAGCACCGCUUGUGGUCCAAGGACGGGAGUCCGGGUCUGGAUGGCCAUUUUCACACCGUCAACAACAGCAACAAGCUGCUCCGCCUGUACCUCAGGCUCCACCUCAGGGAUUUGAAUGGGCUUAUGGAUAUCAGGGACAACAGCGUGCACCUGCGAGUCAGGCCCAGGCUCAGCCCGAUGGAGCAGAACCGCUGCAUCAACAGCAGCAGCCGCAAGUACAAGCACAGACUUUGCCUCAGGAACGGCAACGAGAGUCUGAGUCGCCAAGUGGAGAGCGGGUACAACCAGAGGUUAUUUCUGUUGCUCAGGAACAAGCACGAGAACCACCCACCCUUCUGGCACCACCUCAGGGAUCUGGAUUAGCACCUUACCAAGCCCCGGCAUCUGAACCAAUCUCUCCGGGAUUCCAGCGCGCAGCUGGAGGACCAGGCUCAAUCCCUAUGUCUGACAUGCAAGCUCCAGCUCCAGCAUACACCCAGUUUCCCAGAGAUUCCCCUCUCCCGCCACGAUAUGAUGUUCAACCACGCUAUGCUCCCCAUGCUGCUGGUGGAGCAACAAUUGUGAAUCCAGGUGGUGCAAUUGGGCCUUACGAGACUCGACGCCGCAGACUGGAAAGGGAAGACGCAGCUGGACGCAAGGCUGGUGGUCUAUGGCGUGGCCGAGGCCCAUUCAGCAUUAAAGGCUGCUUUGGACGUCCAGGACGUGAAGGCCGAACUCGACGAAGAUGGUACUUGGUUAUCUUUCUCUUCUUUUUCACCAUUGUGAUCCUUGCCAUUGUGCUUGCAAUCACACUGACCAAAAAGGGAGAUCCAACUCCUGUUCAAUCACAGUGGCUCAACCUCACUGGAUAUCCUCCUAUGCCAACAGGUGUUGCGACUCUUGCUGGAACUGAUCCCCAGGUUCAAAAAUCUACUUGCAUUACGCCCUCAUCGAUGUGGAGUUGCGCUUUGCCCAAGGGCCAGCAAGAAGCGAAUGAGCCGUAUAAUGCGGAUCAGCCUAACUUCCGAGUAUCAAUCUCAUUCCGCAAUGGGACAUACGACAACAGCACAACUGUCGGUUCGAACUCAACAAGCAGUCUACGGAGGAGUGACUUGUUCAUUCCAUCCCCUGCAGCUCCAAGCAAUGCAGAACAAGCCUUCAUAGGCCAAUACACAGACAACAACAGCGCACCCUACAGUGGCGAGGAAACACCUUUCUACAUGUCCAUGCUCUCCCCAAUAUCCCUCUCGUCGACAAACCUCUAUCGCCGCUCCAGAGACACAAACAGCACCCUCUUCCCAAACCUCACAUCCGUAAUCCCACCCCCAGACGAAAAUGCCGACGGCUCAGCCGCAGCAGCAAUGCUCUAUCCACUCCCAGCCUCCCAACCCAUCAGACUGUACAACCGAGGCCAACCAACAGAGCACUACGGCUUCUACACAUACUUCGACAAAUCCAUCUACCUAACCAGCCAAACAAAAUCCGAGCCAGCAGACUCACCAGGUGGAACCAGCAGAGCAGACUCAAAAUACCGCUGCACCUGGUCGCAGACCCGCUUCCUCGUCCAAAUCUGGACUCAACCCGACAAAACCGCCCGUCGUCUCCUCCCAUCCAGUAAUACAACAGCCACAGCCACCUCAACAGCUGCAACAUCCACUUCCACGAACAAAGCAACAUCAUCUUCGUCCGCAACGAAUUUCUCACGUCCCGGUUCAUUCCCAUACCCGGUUACAAUAACAAUCGACCGCCACGGAGGCGCGGAUAAAAAGAAAAUGGUAUAUUGUUAUGCCGUGGAGGAUGAUGGCCAUUACAAUAUCACGGCUGUGCAGUUGCAAUUGGAGGAUCGGGCUGUUGGGGGUGCUGUUAUUAAUCCUGCUGGUGGGAUCUUUGAGAGUUUGAGUCAGGUUAAGGAGGCUAAUACUACGGAGUAUGGGGGCGUUGAUGGUGGUACCGGCGGGUGUCAGUGUCAAAACUAG